AUGUCUUCAAUUAAUAAGAAGUAUUCCCAUUACCUUUCAACCCAUCCGCUUUUGACGAAAUCUGUCACCGCAGCGGUACUUGCAACGUUAAAUGAAACUAUUGCUUCUCUUAUUGCCAGAGAAUUCACCAAAGUUCCAAUCAGCUUCCUGAUUCCUACACUAAGAUCAAAACUCAAUGUCCAGUUAUUGAAUCCUUAUAAUUAUAAGAUCCCUCUUUUGGCGGUAUUUGCACUUAUUGUCCAAGGACCGUUCUCGCAUUAUGCGUACCAACUUUUGAAUAACAUCAGCAUAUUUAAGAAGAAACCGCUACCAUUGGCGAAGAAAUUGUUACAAAUGGCUGUUUCGCUAUUGACGAUCACUCCAAUCGUUUGUUGUCUCAAUGCCGUGUUUUUAGGAUUGAUAAAUAAUAAAGAAUUGGUGGAAGAUUUUGCCAAGGGAAACCUUUUACAAUUUUUUGUGGAGUUGUACGGGUCACCAAAAUCAGAAAAAUUGAGAACCGUUGCCUACGAAAAGCUCCAGAAGAUUGCCGAAGUGGCGAAAUUGUCUCUUCUGAAUAAUUUGAUGAAUUUCUUGCAGAGUUCAUGGAUCUCAAGUCCUUUGAUUUUGUUUUUUGCUCAGAAUUAUUUGGACCCAAACAGUUGGGUGGUGUUUUUCAAUUUUGCCUAUUUCCUACUCGGGACUUUCCAGAACACUUUAUUGAAAUUGAAGUUGAAACAAUUAAGACAAAAGAAAAAGAAGGAAGAAGAAAAAGAAGAAGAAAAAAAAGAGUAG